AUGGAUAAGGGACCAGUGUGUCCGGAGUCAAAGGUGUCAGCUGCUCAGGUGUCACUGGCUGGCUGUGUGAAGAGAGAGCAGAGAACAGGAGAUCAACAGCUGUGGACAUAUCAGAUCACCGGGUGGAAAGACACAUUCAGCUCUGUACCUGAACAAGACAACAGCUGUGGGAGCAUCGAUGCAAUGGAGUCGUAUCAAAAGAAAUCAAUGAGAAGAAACAGGAGAAACAGCAAGACUCUCCUUCAGGAUCUGUUUUACAGAGGAGUCCAUGGAGGAGACAGAGAUACUCCUAUCCCAGCUCAGUCUGGUAGAGAUGCUAAAAUGAUCCACUCCAUUGCCAGUCUGAUCAGAGCCAAGAGCAAACUCCUUCUCCUCGAGAGUCCUGACACUGUGGAGAUCUACAAGCUGGAGGGUCCGACAGGCCGUUCUAGCAGAGCUGGUAAAGAUGACGUUUAUCUCCCUGCCAUCACAACAAAGGCUUCAAGUCUUAGUUCAAUGAGAGGGGCUCUGAGUCAGUCCUGCCCUUACUUAUAUGACAAACGAAGAGGAUCUUUCUCUUCAGUGUGCUCGCAGAGAACUGGAGGUCAUGCUAAAAAACAGGUAAUCUGA